UUGCGGUGAGUGGAGAUCUUCCUCAAGACUGCAUAGCGGCACGUUAGGCAUGGGAUCUCAUGGAUGAGAUCAUGGAUUCAUUCAUUCGUCAUCCACCGGAGCUGCUGGCGGUGUGAGUUUCAUCCAUAUGGACUACAUCGAGCGCAGCAUCGUCAACAAGCUGCAAGGCAAGACAAACGCGCAGGCUCUCCAUUGGUAUCUAUGAUCAUGCCUCUGCCUGUGUGUGUACGCAGAUUAUCUUGGAGGUUAUCUUCACGUUCGUCCGGAGCAUGUUCGUGCGUCGAUAUUGGCGGGUCGUCUGGACCUGCAGAACGUGCCGGUCCGUCGUGAGGCCUUCAACAACCUCAAUUUGCCCGUUGAUCUGCUGUUCGGGCACAUCGGCAGGUGCCAGGUGAUCCUGCCCUUCUCAUUCGGCCAGAUCUGGUCAUGGGUCUACGGCGGCGGCAAGGGGCAGGGCACCAAGAAGCUCAAAAUACUCCUCGACAGACUCUUCAUCGUACUCGGUAGGUAACCAAUGGAUCCGUGGAUGGAUGGGCAGACGGACGCAUUAUUGGAUUGGUGCGAGACUGAGUGGUGGUAUAAACCCUCCCUCUCACACACUCUCUCUCUCUCUCUCUCUGUGCGUGUGUGUGUGUGUGCAGGUCCCCGUGAGAUGUCUGAUUGGUCUGAUGAGGGUGUGAUGCGUCGUCUGAAGCUGAAGCGUCAGCGUAUCCUGGACAAGUGGGACAUGCAGCUGCUGUCCGAGGUGGACCUGUCAGACACAGACCCGUCAGCAUCAUCCGCCCCACCACCGCCAUUCAAGUCCAGGGCACCCCAGCCCGGCGGCUGGCGGGAGAGGCUCAAGGCGGGGCUCAUGGCCAGGCUCAAGGAGGGCAUGGAGAUACAGAUCAACAACAUACACAUACGAUAUGAAGACAAAACCUCUUCACCCGGCGGACCCUUCUCAUGCGGGGUGACCCUCUUGGCCCUCAGGAUGCUACCCACCGACUCCGACGCCAACAUGCCGCAGGAAGGGCAACGAAGCAGUAGCCAGGUCGCGGCAGGGGAAGGGCCACCACCCUUACCUUCAGCCACUCCUGACAUUGACGAUAAUGUCGCUUGUGAGUCGGCAUCUGCGGUGCCCUCCCCUCCCUCGAGCUCGCCUCGGUCAUCGAUAGCGCUGAUAGGCCAGGCCGGCGCCCCCGCCCCACCCCUCUCUGUGCAGUACCCAUCGUCGCCACCCAAGAAGCUCACUAUGAACAACCUGGCCUUCUACUGGAACCACAACGACAGUGAUCUGCGGUUCACGGACCACACUGUGGGGCUGCCAGAAGUGUCCUCGUCCUCAUACCUCUCACAGCUGCCUCACACCGAUGCCAGCCCACGGACCGGCAGGCGUGCCCAAGACGCCGCCAAGAAGCCCCCCGAUAGGCCGCCCGUCGCGUCGGACCCACAGGCGUUCCUCCUGGCCUACAUGAUCGACCAAGCGGAGCCCCAGCCCGGGAUGGAGGCCCUUGCAGUCAGCUGCCAGCACGUCCUCUACCCCGCAUCGGGGAUGCUAUCACUCACGCAGAACGACACUUCCAAUGCUGUGGCCGCCAACAUGAGUGCAUCGGAGGCGUCACCGACUCCCGCGGUUGCAGUGCGGCCGUCGUCCCCCCCACAGCCACAUCCGUCAUCUUCCUUCCCCGACCUCCAGUCGGGUGCCGCGAUACAGAGCGGCGCCGCCACAGUGCCGUCACAGUAUGUCGUCGACUGCAACCUGCAGAGCAUCGAGUUCUACUGCGAUAAGGACAUCUUCAGGUCACACACACUCAAACACACACACACUGCUGACACACACAUAUACGACUCGUGGCUGGCUGUGUUGCUUGUGCCCCUGGAUGCGUGUGUGUUUUGUGUAUGUCAGGGAUGGGAUGUCUCUGCUGGACUUGUUCGGUGAUUACAACAACUUUGUGCAGGUCAUCAAUGACCGUAUGGAGCUCUACUACCCCUACCGGCCGACCGUGCCCAUCAAAGGCAACGCAUACACCUGGUGGAGGUGCGGUGCACCUACACACAGAGAGAUCACAGCCACACACGAAUGCACACCACACCCCGCCCCGCCUCACACUCAUAUUGUACUCCACAUACGUACGUCUCAGUGGACUUUCCCUGCACCGACAUAUAUCUGUAUACAUACACAUAUACCUCGUACGUACUGUACAGUAUGUAUGUAUCUCUAUUGGACUGACUUGGAUGCAUUCAGGCAGACAGAAUGUGGACGGGCGGACGCAUGCAAACCUGCGUGCGGGUGUGUGUGUGAGAGAGAAUGUCUGAUCUGGUGUGUGUAUAGGUACGCGAUAGGAUGUGUGCGUCGGAGUCUGCAGCAGUCUUUGCAGUCGCGGCCCAUCCUGCACGACAUGUGGUAUGAAGAACACGUCAAGGUGCGCUGUGACCCACAGGCGGGAAGGCAGGCAGGCAGGCAGGCAGAGAGACAGACAGCACGGCAUUUAGCGGCCUCCAGAAAUCCGCACAUGGAUACAUGCAAGGGUGCAUUGCAUCCAUCCAUUGAUCCAUCCAUGGUACGUAUAUGUAUACAGUUGGAGCGUGUCGAGUCGCUGACGCGGGAGUACCGUGGGUUGCUCGAGAAGGUGCUCGACAACGCACGAGUCAGUGAGGACGACAAGAGCAGGCUGGAGGACCUCAAGGGCACCAUUCCACAGACAGACCUCGUCAGGCAAGCACCGAAGGAAGGAAGGCUCAUAAAUGGAUGUAUCCGUCAAUACACACACUUAUCGCUGGAUGGCUGCAGGUGUCAUGUUGAAACCAAACGAGACUUCCAGAUCAGGAAACACGUCCAACGACAGGUCAGCGGCUACCGCGCACACACACACGUACACGCUGAAGAUGCCAGACACCGUCCUGUUUGUAUCGUCCUGUGUGUGUGUGUGUGUACAGGUGCAAAGUGCUCAGCCGGUCCAGCGUGUGGGCUGGAGAGGGUGGCUGAUAAAGGUCAUGACGGGGACAUCUGCAUCGGCCGCCUCUGCCCGUGGUGGUGUCGCCCCCCAGCGGCAUGCAACCCCCCUCUCGUCGGUGUCGCUGGCGGUGCUGCAAGACGUGGAGCGUGUCAAGGCCGCACAGACACGGAGGCAGACGGACGACAGCUGCGGUCGCACACUUGGUGCGGAGGGAGGUGGGGAUCACGAUCACGACGAGGAGGAGCAGGUUGAGUUCUACGACCCAGAUAAUGCACCACCCGAGCCUAAAGAGGUAGGUAGGAAGGAAGCGGUGUUGAAGCGACGGACGGACAGACGGACGACUUCCUUGGCUGACAGACAGACAGACAGACAGACUCACAGACGUGUGGCCACAGCGUCCCUGUGACAACACGUGCAUACGGAGUGGAUGCGCGUCUGUAUGCAUGUGUCUAACUCCUGUUUUUCCCUGUGUGUGUCGACGCACCCGCCAGGUCGAUGUGGACUUCCAGGAUGUUGAGGAGUGGAGUGAGGAGAAGGCUCAAGUACCCCACAGCUGCAGCGGGGAGGCCGUGGGACACGAGGCUUUGGCGUCCGGCGAGCCAACCCCUUCAGGAGAUGCCGAUAGUGCCAGCGGGGGCGUGGCCAUGGUAUUGCUGGAAGGCGAUGCAGAGGAGAUGGCCCUCAAGGGCAUCGAGGCCCCACUCCUGGACUUCACAGUGCGGCUGGAACGAGCCGCUGUCAACCUGCAGGUGGGUGGGUUGGGCAGGGAGAGGAGGGACGGGACGGGAGGGGUGGACAAGAAUGGAUGGAUGGAUGAAUGAGUGCAAGACAUAAUGCCGCCCGGAGAGGGGGGCAAGUAUUCCAUCUGUGUGUGGUUUGGCUUAUGUUGUGUGUCCCUCCCUCGCUCUCUCCCUGCAGAGUUCACGUGACGUCACCGGGACGGCGUUGCAAAUAGCUGUUGGGCUUCGUGUGGCGGACAGUGUGACUGUGACGGCUGAUAUCAAGGAUGUCAGGAUGGAGGCGGCACCCAUGCACAUCAUCUACAGGUCAGUCAGUCAGGUGCGCCGUCGGUCGACACACACACACACACUGUCUGUCUGUCUGUCUGUUUCCCUGUCUGUCUGUUUGUGUAUGUGCAUGCACUGAUUGAUUCAGGGAGGAGAUGUGCGAGAGAAGUCUGCUGUCGGCGAGCUUCACAACGAAGUCCCACGACUCAGGCGCUCCAGAGCUCAUGGUCAGUCAGCAACACGCCAACAGACAUGCGAAUGAAUGAGACGUAUGUAUAGCAUACAAACCCGUGGGGUGCGUGUGUGUGUGCGUGUAGUUGGAGAUGCAGAAUUUCGUCUUGAAUUACCAGCCUGAUGUAGUGGCUGACCUAAUGCUCUUCUUCCGGCCGUCCGAAGCCAGCAAACAUCACCGCAAGGAAGAGGCAGGCCACGGGAGAGUACAAAGGUGACUGACCCAACGGCAUGGCAUGAAUGAGUGUCACUUGAUGACGCUGGCUGCUCCCAUCCCUGCCUCCCUGCCUCCCUGCCUGCCCGCCCGCCCGCUCGCGUGCUCGUUUGUGUGCAUCAUUGGGGUGUGUGUGACUCAGGUUGGUAGGUCUGAAGCACCUUGCCGAGAAGCACGCCCUGCAGUUCAAUGCCUUCACUGCUUUGCGGGUGUGCGUGGACAUCAUGGCGCCCACCAUCCUGCUGCCAUCCACCCUCGGCCCCUUCGCAAAGAUCCUCCUCGUACACCUGGGAACUCUUCAAGUACGGAAUACGGGACGGGACGGCCGGGGACUCAUGCACGGAUGGCUGGCUGGAUGGAUGGAUGGAUGCGUCUGUUGUGUCCUUGUUUGUGUGUCAGGUUCGGUCUGAGGACAUUGACAUUGAAGCGACCAAGGACAAGGACAGGUCGCAACGAGACACAUCCGUCGACAUCUCGGUAGGGACCGGACGGGUGCCAUGCAGUGUAGACAAGAGGCAGGCAGGCAGGCAGGAAGGGAGCGAAGGAGGGAGGGAGGGAUCAGAUCGGUCUUUGGUGAACCCCUCUCCCUCCCCAUGCCAUGGCUGUGUGUCUGUGUGAUGCUUGCUUGGUUGCUGUCUGCGUGCGUACGUGCAGUAUCUUCAGUGGCAGCGGUAUGCGGUGACCCUCCGUGAUUUGCAUGUGGAGCACUAUCCAAACCUGGCCGCGGCAACCGCAUGCAGUAACAGACUCGGCCAGUGCUUCUGCAUCCUCGACAGAUUCGCCAUCCAGGUCGAUCCGCACCCACGACGGACUGCACGGGGAGGCAGGCCUCUCACGUGGGUGCAUUCAUUUGUCCGGUCUUGUUGGAUGUGUCAUUCAUUCCUGCACGCAACACAAUGCAAUGCAGGUCAAGGGGGACUUCAUCACCUACAAGGAGCUCAAGUACGACGGAUACGAUGGCCCUGGCCCCCAUUAUUCCGACAUCACUGGUGGGGAGCGCCACACCCACCCAGCGCCUCCCACUGCCGGACUUCAAGAGGAUGACGACUACUCUGGAGGCGGCCUUGAGGGACCACCAGGCCCGGCAUCCGCCAGGCUAUCGCCGGACCGCGGUGCCGGUGGGGAGGUGGAUGCUUCGAGGAAGGGCUCCCAUCUUGCCAGCCUGACGGCCGUGACAGCCUUCUUCCUGACCCUCGGCAAGGCGCGAGAGCAGGCACAGAAACUCACGAGUGAAAAGACUGAGGUAUUCACCAAACUGGAAGUCUACGGAGACCUGCCGGAGCUCAGUCUGGCACUGUCGAGGCACUCGUAUGACACCCUCAUCAGGUGAGUCAACAGACAGCACAGGCCAAGCAGCACACCACUAGCGUACACGCUUCGUCGCCGUAAGUUAUGCCGCAAGCUGAUGCACUCACUCACCCUUAUUUACGACGCACCUUAGGGUGAUCCGUUUGCUGCUGACUCCCCAUUCGGAGCUGGUGACAGCCAAGAAGAAAAGUAAGUAAUGCUUGAAGGGUCCAUCAAACCAGGCAUAGCCUUGAAGUGGUGUCUGCAAUGAAUGGCCUGCCUCAGGCACAUCAUCUUUCGGCACGCGUCGCUCUACACAAGAGUUCGAGGUCAAGCGCAAGACGGUCGUCCCAAUCCGUCUGGGGUCCACAGCAGUACCUUCGGGACAGAGGAAGCAGGAUCUGCACCAUCCCUCGGCUGGCGUGCCUCCGUCCCCUGGCAGCAUGAGUGGUGCGACGGCCAUCCUCUCGUCAAGGCCCGCCUCUGCCACAAGGCGGCCUACAGGAGUGCUGCUGCGGCCACCCUCACCCAACAAGUCUGAGGGGACGACCAGCCAGGAGGACGGCAAGUCGGGUGGAAGCAGCGCAUUCAGAGAUACCUUGCCCAUAUCCGAGGACCAGCUCCGAAGGGACCCUCAGGUGCGGGUCGUCGUGUCGCUCCCAUUGGUCCGCUUUCGCUUCUACUGCCUGCCCCCACACGUCUCUGAGUACGUGCACGUGGAGUCGCCCCACGGUCAGGCCGGGGCUGACUACAUCGAGCUCCUGACUCACCGGAUGGUCCUCGAGGCCCGUCUCAAGCCCUUCGCGACCGAAUUCCACUUCUCGGUCCACGAAGUGAUUGUACACCGGCCUAUCUUCCCCGAGACCCAUCAGGACCGCUACAUCAUCAAAAGCACAUCGACCCAAGACACAGAGAUGGCCCUGGUGGCGGGGUUCGCAGAGCGGCACCUCAUCUCCCUCGCCAUCUUCAUGUCUGCACACCCUUGGGCAAUCCAGGUGGGCCUUGCCAGGGCAGCGCUGAGUGGGUGGGUAAGACCAGGGGUGGCCUUCACUGUUGCUGCGUGUCUCUAUCCAUUGCGCCCAUUGAUUGCAGCAAUUGGGCGAGGGUUCGCGGAUCCUGGCGGACCUUCAGUUUCAGCGAUGUAUCGAGGUGUUCUGGGCUCCGAUGGCCAUACGGGAGCUGGUGAAGUUUGUCAAGGCCAUCCCUCCCGCACCAAAGAGGGCCCCGGCCCGCCAGCCAUCCCUGCCCCUGCCCACGGACACAUCCAUGGACGAGGCGGCGCGGCCCCAACCGAGCAUGAUGCAUCGCAUGGCCACCGUCAUGAUGGGAAUGACGCGUGGCCAGACAUUGCAUGAGGGGCGGCUGUCACCAACAUCCCGGAGAGAAAGGCCUGUGUCAUCAGUCAACAGCCCCGCCCACGGCGAGCGGGAGGAUGACGAGGACGGAGAGGAUGAUUGGGAGGUCGACGAGGAUGCCUGCCUGAACCUGCGGGUCAAGAUGUUCAUGCAGUCCAUCAGCCUCGUGUGGGUGGAGGAGGCCACAGGGCUGCACUUCGCCAAGUCCGAGAUGAAGACGUCCACCCUUCGCUUCGAUCUGGGCAUGACGGGCAUGGAUUUUCAGGGCGAGCUCAACAACUUCACUGUGGAAGACCUCUCGUCUGCCCACCGCCCUACCAUCCUGGGCGUCAAGAAGGACCAGGAGUACAUCCUCGCCGUCCAUGUCCGAUCCUUUGACGAGACCCUGCCCGACUUCCAGCACCAUCUCGAUGUGGACUUUGCCUUUGCGUCUAUUGAGUUCGUUUAUCUUCAGCAGAAGUUCCUUCGCUUGUGGAGGUGGAUCUUCGAGGGCUUCCUUCCCUCAUUGACGGCAUCGGACUCGUCGGACAGCCGAACACACAGCGGUGACGACAUCAAGGCACCAUCUAAUGCGAGUUCGGGGUCUCCUUCACCGAAUGCGUUUCGUAUCCUCAAGGCGGCAGCCGGGAACGUCGGCAGUGUGGUGGCCUCCGACGAAUGCGAGGACGGACCUGACGAGACAUCGAUCAAUGUCGCUGCUGAGAGUCCCUUGCGCAGCCCUGUGAGUCAAGUCAGUCGUGAAAGGAGAGAGGACAUGUCUGCUUCACUCUUUCCGCCGCCGAAGCCGCCUGUCUCUCCAUCGGUUCCCCAAGGCGACUCGUCCACUGGAGUGACGUUUGUUCGCCCUGAGGCAAGCACAGACCGCGCGGACUCUCUGGACGACGCACCGGAAGAGGGACAGACACAACGCAGGCCGCAGGAUGACGCCCGAGAAGGACACGAACGCACGUUGACGGGUAAGUUGGCACGCCACUUCGGUGGAUGUACUGCACAUGCUGGGUGGAUGUGGGUGUGUACGCAGAUGCUGCUGAUGGUGCACACGAUGACGCAGCGGUUGAGGGCAUGGUGAGCCCAGGGCUGACCAAGAUACGCGACCUGAAGAGGGAAGCGCAGCGCAAGUGCAAGGCGGUGAUAGCAAGCGACGAUUUCCGUCUGCUAAACAUCCAUGUGCGGAUCGAGCGGCCGAUUGUGCGGAUACCGAGGGUGACAGGUUCUAAGGAGGAGCUCCACCUGUUGGUCCGAGAGGUAGUCGUCAGCAACGCGCCACUCGUGUCAGAGCACUUCGGCGUCCAAGAUGUGAUUGGGAUCGAGAUUCGUGACGUUCAAGUCCUUACCCACGAUGGAGAGACGCUCCUCGGCAACGUCAACAUCAAGUGGGACGUCCACAGACCGCUAUCAAGUAACGCGCAGACAGGCCGAUGAGGCAAGAAAGCCACCACUGCUUUGGUGUCCGUUGCAGCCACCAUGCCACCGGCACCCAUGUGGAUGGUCUUCACUGUGACUGACAUCCCGUUCUUCUUCACAUCGCCUCUUUUCGCGUUCGCGGUGUCCGUCCUCCUGCAAAACAUUGUCGGCGAUGACCCAGACAUCCCCGCACGGCCCUUGUCCCCCCUUGUCUCCCAUGUAUCACCUCCGUCGAUGCCCACUCGCAUCGCGAAAGAGGACCACACAAUGCGCCUCCAAUUCGUCUUCAACGGGUUGAAGCUAUUCCUUCAGAGCCCCCCCAACGGACGCACGACUACUGAUGCGGCGAAGCUGAAGGAAGCACUCUUUACCUUCAGCGCUCUCCACGCCAACCAUAUCUCAGUGGACAUCAAUCGCUAUUCCACGACCACGAGGAUCUCGGUCGGCAUGAAGAGGGCCCGCCUUAUCGACAAUGGCGCUGCCGAGCCUUUCCACAUCGUCUUGUCGGAUCAGCGUGACAAGCUCUUCGUGGAGUCGUGUUUCCGAAGCGGAGAAGGUGGAGACGUCAUGCAGAAACUGAGACAUGAGGGGCGUCGGAGCUCCGCUGAGUCCCCAGGCGACGCCAAACUGGACGAGUCUCUGCUACUCCGAAAGUCUCAGACUUUGGACGUGCUGAGACGCCAAGAUGCCAACGACCUCGACAAGGUGAAAGACGAGAUGGAUGAAGAGGAUCAUCAAGGAGAGGAGGAGCUCCGAGUCGAGUACACUCGGACUCUGCGACACGGCCAGGUACUGUGGAAGUGGUUGUGUUUGCCUGCCUCCAGUGGUACACUCUGUGUGUCGACCUCAGAGUUGUAGCGUAGUCAUUGACAAGCCUCGGACAAUCCUUUCGCUCCCGCUACUGCUGAAGAUAUGGAAGUUCUUCCAGCCUCCCACACCUGAUCUUCACCAUACGCCUCCUGCCUGGUCGAGUUCAGACCCCGAAGGAGUCGAGAGUACGGCUCCAACGUCUCUUCUCCAGAGGACAUUCACGACCAGCACAGCCCACCCUGCCUUCGCCUUUUCCCUCUCAUUCGAGGAGUCAUGUCUCGUCUUCUGCGAGAAGCCCCCCCAACACCAAGCGACUCACAAAUCACCUCACGAUCAGUCGGCUCGCAAGUCGGACGGCGGAAACGACGAGCCGUCAACACGCAUCUUCGUCCUUCAGGGCUCGAUGCGGCACAAGCUCGAUUACUAUGGUACGAGCCACAGGCUUCACGUCCUAUAUCCUGUUCAUGUCCUGUGACUGUCAGGUGGUGGACACUUCAACAUGUGUCUCGAGCUGUGUGAUGGAGAGGCAUUCUGCUGUGACAGUCUGUCGACUCUGAUCGCUAUAGAAGCAAGCCGCCGAGCAAUGGAAGAUCCAGAUACGUCAGCGCCCUUCCCAUCGCCGGAUGGCUUCUCGUUCAUGCGAUGGAUGCAAGCAAAAGGCGAGAGGUCUAUGCGGCAUACUCACGAUUUAUGUAAUGGCGCAAGCCUUACCUUCUCUUGGAGAAACCAGCGGGUUCUGAAGGACGAACACGAGAUCCCAAGUGGCCCCUUCCCUCAACCCGACUCGCUCAGCCGUGUGUCACUCGAGGUCCCAAGGUAUCUUCUCAAGCGCUUCCUUGAGCUCCGCCUGGAGCCGCUGACAAUGGAGGUUUCGCUCCAAGACUGCCUACUGCUGCUCAAGUGCUUUCGAUGGCAGCUAAGGUCGCUCGCUGCGCCGAAGUCGCCGCAACAACAUCCAGAGACAUCAAAGGGCCGUCGUUUCUCAUUGCUGGCACCUUUCAGCAAACAAGCGAUAUCUGAGGAAGCAACACUUCAAGAAGCGGGCUUAUCCUCCUUGCAUUCUUCCGUUAUUCCUCGCCGAGUGACCGUGCGGGGAAGUGAAGAGCAACUGACUCAGUGGGAGAUGCAUCUGCAGAAGCUGGUAUGGAAAUACACGUGCAGCAAUUCCUGCCCACCUUUCUGUUCUCUGUGUCACUGUGGCAGAGCAUCAUGGCAGUCAACGAUUUCCCCGGUUUCUCGACUCUCGAUGCGCCUUUUCUCGACCUGCAAGCCGGACCAAUCCUCCACAAAGGCACAGUUACGAGCGACGGACAGCACUUCGUGGCGAACGUCGAGCUGAGCGCGUGGUUCUUCAAUCCGAUGUACAAACGUGCACUUGACUGAGACAUGUACUCAUUGGGCGCGCACGCGUCCUUGCGUCCUUGCGUCCUUCCUUGUUUGUCAGAGCUGUCGAGUUCGAGCCCGUUCUGGAAACCUGCAAGCUCGAAAUCAAUGCGGAGUCGGAAUCGAUUUCGAGCUGGCGUCCGUGCGAGGAAGAGUCCGCCAGGGAGACAAGCCCCCCAAAGCUCCGGUGGAAGGUGCAGUGUACUUCAUCGAGCGAGCCCUUGAGGCUGAACCUGUCGAGCGAGCUCUUGCAGACAUCAGUGAGAUACCUAUCUCAUUGGGUUGAGGAGUUGAAGGAGACCGGCGUGGAGACUACGCAACAGGCAUCAACCGACUGCCUUGAGGCAAUUGAGCCGAACCUGCUCUCCUCGCUGAAUCGUGCAGCGACGGCGUCAUUCGAUGCUGCUCAUCUGGUGCUGCAGCGGAAGCUUCACUUUGCCCCGUUCAUGCUGAGAAACGAAACCGGCAUGUGUCUGGAGGUCUGCCAGGACAGUUUCGGCGCCAAAGGAACGCGCAGAUCAGCGACAACAUUCGUGGAGUCUGGCAAGCUUGCGCGGCUGAAGACAAUAUGCGUUGGAGUCAAACAUCAGGCUGGGCGUAGCGAGACCGUCUCCAUACAGGUGCAGCACGAUGCAGAUCCUCAGAGAGAUUCCGGCUCAAAAUUCAAGUGGAAUGUACACGAAUUUCCAGGUUGGAGCGACGUCGUCGUCGGAAGGCUUCUCUGGCAUGCUUUACCGCAAGGCGUGCAGGGUACCCAUUGAGCGAUGCGGCUGUUACGUGUACAACAUUUCACUUCCAAACACACGCAGUUCGCCCUCCUUUCAGCGUCACUCACUCUUUGCCGGACAACCAGAAGGUUUUCAGCCGCCUCCGCCAAGAUCCCGCUUCUCUACUGCGUCCCCGCUGCCAGCCUCUCUGCAUCCACCGUCACUCUCGGCCUUCCACGGCUCUGAUGACGGGACGACUCCGGUAUCGGCUACUGGGACAGAAGGCCAAGGGAGUCAUUCUGUCGGAGCCUCGGAUCCUGACUACAUAGUCUGCAGAGUUGCUGUCGACGAAGAGACGGGACAGAAAACCUUGUCGGUUCAAUCCCAGGUGAUGGUCAGGAAUGAAACCAACACGUUGAUGGCGAUUGCGGUCAAUGGAGAAAAGAUCGACUACAUUGAACUUCGCCCGUCUCACCAGAAGCCAAUACCAGUCAACGGUAUGAAGAAAACACUGCAGACAGCAACCAGCUCGACUUGCAUGAGUCGGCAUGUUCCUCAGCAUGCCAAGCUGGUCGAAUCGCAUUCCGCCCACUAACUGACGACAGCUAUGAAUGGAGCCGAUCUGUGCAUCUCGAGCGCAUCUGGAACGCUCAACGUCGAAUCCCUGAAACGGAAGCCCGUGACACGAAAACCGACGGUGCAACCAGGUCGGCAUGAAUUCUUAACGAGACGUACUCGUCCAUUCUUGACUGGUCUUUUCCGUUUUUCAGUUUAGCCACUGUUCGCAAGGCUCUGAAGCAAGUGACCAUGAAGGGUUCAAGCCGCGGACUGCGGAAUAGCUCUCCCUCGCGAGCUGAUUUUCACCUCCACAUGACUUCGGAAGCGCACGUCAUUCACUACCACGGCAAAAGAUGUGUUCAGUGGCACCUGACACUCCGCGCUCCUAUUCGCAUCCGAAGCACUCUCCCAAUUCCGUGCAGGUUCAAAAGCACGUGUGAGAGACGACUGACCAGUUGCAACACUGUGCCUUGUGCAGCUACCAGAUCAACAGUCACGUGAGUCAAAAGCCUGUGGAGACGUCGUUGUGGUCUUCACGUGACAGUGCUGCCAAAUAUCGGGAGACGCAGUUCACGCAUUCUGGCAGCCUUGUGACGAACUGCACAGAACACAUUCACUCCCUCGAGCUGCAGGAUCGGGUCACUCUGCAAUUGUGCCUGUUCGGGGCACAGUUCCGGGGACAGGUCAUCAUCUAUCAUCGCAAUCCUGCUGGGCGGUUUACUUUCGAGAAGGUGCAGGCUUAUCGCUGCUUGGACGUCGAUAACCGCGUGACCGAGGUGGAGGUCAUCAAUGAGUCUCCAGAUCCAAGUCAGAAAACAGUUUCUAAGGAAACCCGAAUAGCCUCACGUCUCGGCUUUUUUUUGUUUCUUUUUGCUAGACGCGCCGCCGGAUAUUUUGGUGCACGUUCCUGUCUGGCUUGUGAACUACGCGGACCCCACAUUGCUCAGUGAUCAGCCACUAGCUUACGACUUGGGCCUUUUAUCGAGACGAAGUCCUUCCCCUCCAUCUUCGUUGUCGAUAAACGAUGUUGAUCCGCAGUCCAUAUGGCUCGAUUACGACGUUGAUAUGGUCAAUUAUCUCACCGGUACAGAAAGUGAAAGGAUCCGAAGUAAUUGCAGAAAAAUAAUGACGUAUUCUUCCGACCUUAGACCAACGAGUGAACGGCGUGGCUUUCAGGGGCAGGCAGCCUGAGCCUCCAGAACAAGACUCACACGCGCUCGUCCUCCCAAUGGACGCCAAGGUUUAAUGUCCACCGAUUUUUGCUUUCUGGCGUUCCAUUUCUCACUUGUUUGGGUUUUACUCAGAUGGAGCGAGUAGCGGUAUCCGUCAAGGGGAACGCCGCCCGUUCACCCUACAUCAACACGAGAAAGGUCGGUGCCAAGGCAUCAUAUUCCCUGCCCUGUCGUCAGCUUGUGUCUUCUCGAUUUAGCUUGCCAGCGAUGGGGCAAUUUGCGUGCGAGUUCCAGAUGAAGCGGGGAAGCUGCCCGAUGCAAGGUAUUUGUUCAGCUUGGGCAGUGGUAGAAAGCAAGGCCUGUCGGCUGUGUCACAGGCUGGACUUCGGGGUCCGCGUCGUGCAGUGUCCGGUGCCCAUGGUUCGGGAAGUCAAGCUGCUGUAUCUGUCUUUCCGAUACUACCUCGUCAACGACUUGCCGUGUCAUUUGGAGAUCAAGCAAGCAAGCACUGACGCGAUCGGGUUGUCUCCAGCCGCAGAGAAUAUUGGGAUUGUGGCACCGGGAUCUGAGAGGCCCUUCUUCUGGCCGGACUAUACCAAACCCCUGGAGCUGUCGAUCCGCAUUCAAGGUAUAUAAACAAUGAAUCGUUUUCUUCACUUCCUCGUGAUCUCUCACACAGGCUCCGGCUGGAGAUGGAGUGGCACUAUCCCAGUCAAUCGAAUCGGAGAAUGGUAACACCCACAAGCCUUCUCGUCCCUGUGAGUGCCUUCACGUGUGUCGUGUCUUGUCGUGUCGGUCCGUGUGUGUCUGCCCCUCUUUCGAUCCCAGGACCUGUCGCCUGCGGCGAGACACAGAGUCGGCUAACGUGCGAAUUCUCAUUGCAACGUCCCAAGGCUCGUGCUUCAUUCGUUUACGCGAGGAAAGGGCCGACCUUCCUGAUGCAAUCAAGAUCGUGAAUAGCACCAGCUUGCCCAUUCGAGUUAAACAAGGACCGCCAAGCAGCCGUUUGCCAUCUGAUGAAGUUGCGUCUGGGACGGAGAUGUUCUUUGGCUGGCACGAGUAUCCAUCGAAACGCGUCGUGUCAGCCAUUCCCGUCCACAGCGACGUACGGUCUCUUUCGGAGUACACUUUUCACACCGAAAGAGAAAAGCGACGGAAGCGUGCAGAUGAGCUUUGUUUGCUUUCUGUUUGGACACAGUUUGCCGGACUUAGUCCAUCGGAAAUCGACCUGACAUCAACAGAGACGAAGCAAAUCCGUCUUCAGGACCCUGGACGCGGCAAGCCCCUCUUCGCCUACACGUACCAAGUGCAGCAGAAAGGAAAUCUGAAGUACCUCACAUUUUCCACUGCGUAAGGUGUAAAAGGGUCUCCAUGUGGUGCUACAUCUGACUGAUCCCGACUUAUGUUUUUCCCAACUUGCAGAUCGACCAAUGCAAGUGACCGCAAGGUGCUGCCCUCUCCGCCGUCAGUUCCUCCACCUGAGCGUGAUCGUACCUUCAGUGAUAUCGAAAAGCUCGUUACCGACACUCCACCGGUCCUAGAGUUGUCAAUUGAGCUUGAAAACGUUGUCCUGUCUCUCAUCUGUCGCUAUCCGCUAAUUAAUCCGCUGACGGAGGUACUAACCACAUUCAUCACCAUGGGGUCUCCAUGUGCUUGCUGCUCCCGUCUCUUUCAGGAUCACGAGAUGCAUAAUAACGAACUUCUGUUGAUUAGUUUUGAGGGAAUUCAUUUCCUGUAUGCGCGAUCUCACCCCGUCUCCGGGAUGCUUUCUGACUCGGUAUCGUGGUUGCCUUACGAGAUCCGGCCUGCAGGAGUCCGACAGCAUCGUCCGCAAGAGAUCUGCAGCUUCACUGUCCAAGAUCUUCAGAUAGAUUGUAAGCAAUCGUAUGGCUGGUGCUUACUUACCAUUUGCCGCCGUGCCGCCCCUGAGGUGCGUCCUGCUUUGACGCCUUCAUCAGGUCAGAGUAGCGAUGCCCACUUUCCCGUGAUCCUCUACAGGUGAGGAAGCUCGUCGCAAAGUCGUGUCUCUCCGUCACAUCGUUGAUCCUAUGAUACAUUUCAGGUGUCCUCCAAGUCAAGGCUCGGCAGCCGUACUGGGACGUGUCCUGCAAGGACAGGUGACAAUGACAUGCUUGGCAACAAGCUUUGACCGCGCCUUUUCUUUGGAAUUUACCUCAGCUCUUAGAUAGAACGACCAUUCAGUCUACUCUGGCAUCUCGGCCAAUACUUCACCUGUCCUACAAACGCCACUUGGGCUUUCCAGAGCUGGCCUAUUUUGAAGCCUUUCGUCUCGCCAUCACAGUCAGAAACCAAGCACAUGUUGCGAGAGGUGUACAGCUGGCUUGGACCCUUUUUGUUCCAGGACAUACUAUGUCGUGUCGACAGCCGCCUCGUGAGCGACAUCAGUCUGAUGCUAGAACAGUACAAGAACGCCUUUGAAGUACGCAGCAGGCACGAUUCUGUAAACACUCAAUUUCGCAUUUUGCUUUAUUUUACAGCAGCGCAACCAGGCAAAUGAUCGGGAAACGGCCUCUCUUACAGCGCCUGAGCAAUCUCCUGUGAAACAAUCAUCGAGAGUUCAAAGUCGUCCAUGGGAGCCUCCAGCAUUGGUUUUCUCGCGAGCAGAAAACGUGUCAAAACUGUAUUUCGAGGAUUUGAACGUCCGCCCAAUAUUUCUUCUCGUUUCCUACUCGGAGAGGUCUUCACUCCCAUCCAAGAGUGCUUUCUUUCUGCCUCGCGUUGCCCGAUCUGUUUUGACCAGCGUCGAUUCCGCUCCCUUUUGGCUCAGCGCGUUUCAGGCGCAGCAUCAGGCACUCGAGGUCUCGGUAUUGGUCAACCAAAUCAAGGUACGUGAACAAAGGCCUCGCAAGGAAUGUAUCGUACCUCCGUUGUACACAAAGUGCCUUCUGUGUGCAGGACCACUAUUAUUGGCAGCUGACGUUGUGGGGUGCAAGUGCUGGCCUUCUCUCGCUGGAGUUCUUUGGCAAUCCAAUAGGGCUUGUUGGCGCCGUUCUGGAAUCCGCCUCUGAUCUCAUUUACAAGCCAUUUGAGGUAAAUGGUGGCUGUGGUGUUGAUCUUUGAUCUUUCCUUAGCUAAUGGGCAAAUGUGCCGCUCAGAGUGUCGCACGCGAGGGUCUGUUCGCCCUUCCUCAAGGUAUUGCAAGUGGCGUUACGUCCGCCUUCUUCGGGACACUCAGCACGACCGGAGCCGCGGGCGCCUCCGUCGCUGGCACGUUCUCCCAGGUUCUGCGGCAUUUCUCCCAUCUAGGUUUUAUCAUUUUUCUCCUUUUCUUUUUUUCUUUCCUUCUUUCCUUCUUUCCGUCUUUCCUUCUUUCCUUCUUUUCGUCUUUCCUUCUUUCCGUCUUUCCUUCUUUCCUUUCUCAUUCAGACUCUUGGCGCCAUGUCUUUGGAUGACAAGUUCGUGCAUUCGCAACGGGAAGACGUGCUUCGGAACCGCCCACGAACUAUCAUGGACACCUUUGUGGCGGCCGGUAGCACCGGGCUAAAGGGCAUCGCAGAAGGCCUCACCGGUCAGGCCAGUCAUCAUCAGCUCAUCCUGGCGUUUUGGAUCUGUGUGAUUGGUUUUCCUGUGAAGGUUUUGUCCGGCAGCCCGCAGAAGGGUUCUCCGAGACUGGCAUCGAGGGCUUUGUGACAGGUUGGCAGCACGUCACAUUAGCACGGUCUGCAGUAUUGUAUAAACAUGUACGCAUCGUAUCAGGACUGGUCAAGGGGACCGCAGGAUUAGUGUUUAAGCCAACAGCCGCUAGCUUGAACGCUGUACAGAAGCUCUUCAUUGGCAUUCAGGUGAAAGCACGUGCAGGACGUCAACGAAACUAUGGCUCCUUGUCACAUUUUGCAGGAUGUCGCGGCGACCGCUGAGUUGAAGCAACGAGAACGGCGACGCUUACCAAGAGUCCUUUAUGGCUCUGAUCGAUUGCUGAAGCCGUACAACGAGAAGCACGCCAUCGUCAAGUCACGGCUUGCCUAUGUGGAGGCCCAGUGCUGGAGCUACCUACCAUAUCAGUGUAUCUUGCCUGAUGAGCGACGAGACUGCGUUUAUCUCAUAACCGACUCGCUGCUUCUUCAGGUCACAACCUCCUCUUGUCUAUCACGUGUCUCUUACCACUGGUGUGUUUCCCACAGGUGGAUGUGCGGAGUAGCUCUACCCGGUUUAGACUCGUCGAGCUCUACAAGAUCGAGUCGGUUGGCGGCCGCUCUGCCGAUCGAAAUCGUCGAGCGUCCUUUAUGGUCCCGUUCUCACUGUGGGCGCAACCUUCGGACCGGCACGAGAACCCAGUGGCACAGGCUACAGAGCUGACGGUGCGCUUGAAGGACGGUGGCGUUUGGAAUCUGGAAUUUUCGAGCAUCGAGCUUGCACAGGCUUUCGAGUCUCACUUGAGCUCGUGUCUCGAUAUCACGAUAUAGCCUUCCUACUUGUGUAGAAUCUUGUAUAGGCUCGUCGUGAUGCGAAACUUUCUCUCGCUCUUGUACAGUCCCGUGUGACUUGUGAAUACAUAUCUCGGAAGACUGCCUCGUCGUAAAAUGUAGUCA